AAAGAUUGGAAACUACUAGGAAAGUAGCAAGUUUAACAAAAGUUGAUAAUGAAAACGACAGACGACAGUAGACCAAUUGACUUAGAGGCUACAAAGUAGUAAUGGUGAUUUAGAAAAAGAAGAGCACAAGCUUUUUCAAUGGAGGAGUUGAAGAAGAAGAAAAAAGCCUCAUUGGAGGAAAAUGUAAUCCAUUGCAUUUUCGUUUCAUUUUUCGUCAUUCUUCUGUUACAGUUACUAUUAAAUGGCGUAAUACACCGAUCCAUAACCACUGGCCGUGCAUUUAGAAAAUCUGAUAUAGAGUUGACUCAAUGUUUUGUCGCCUUUGAUUAUUAUAGUUCGUCAGUACUGUCUCUUCAAGAUUCGUCUGAUUACUCAUUCUCUGCCGUUAAUUAUUCUGGUUUUAGUCUGCUUUACAUGGCACCAGAGGAAAUAAGUGGGCCAAGAGAAGUAUUUGAGGAUCCAACUCGCCAAAGAAAAGCUGGGAGCCGCCGGAGAAGGCAAUUGAGGCGGAGAAGAGAAUAUGAAAUCAGCUCUAGAAAAUAUGAAAAUGAUGGGAGUUUACACGUCAAACGAUCUGAUUUUACAGACGGACCUCCGAGUCGAAAUGUUAUUAUAGCAAAUCGACCAAGUAUUGGAAUUAUGGCAAUUAGGUCCAGCCAAUCAAUGAGAUUAGAACAAAAAAGAAUCAACGAAUUUGCCAUUCGCGUGUUUGAAGCGGCUCUCAAGCUUCUACCCUAUAAACUGAUCAGUUAUGAAAAAGUUCCAUUUUAUGGCUCUCAUCAUGAUUUGCUUAAUGAGGUUGCUCUCAAGACUAUUGAUGCAGGUGUAGGUGACAUAAUUAUAAGCGCAGAAGGAUUUGAAAUAGUAGAAUUCUCACAGCCAUAUGCCGAAGCAAAGCUGGUGAUGUUGGUUCACACUGAAACAAGUAAAUCCCAGACUUGGUUGUUUCUGAGCCUCUUCACGCCAUGGAUGUGGUUUCUUCUAGCAGCUACAAGCUUUUUCACUGGUCUGGUUAUCUGGUUAGUUGAGCACAUGAACCAUAACAAUGGCGGUGGUUCACUUGCCGGUAAUGUGGCUAGUGAUUCUCCGGGUAGAGGAGGAGUUGCAGUUGCUUUCUCGUUUGCUUUUGCUACUCUCUAUUUUGGACAGAGAGAAAGACCCAACAGCAUUUUGUCUCAUUUUGUGCUGGCACCAUGGCUAAUUCUAAUGCUAGUAGUUAGUGCAACAUUCACUUCAAGCUUCACAUCUAAGAUGGCCAACUCACAAAUUGAAGCAUCAAAAAUAGAUAUCGAUAUGCUUAAAAGAGCAAAUGCUGUUGUUGGCUAUGAUGGAAGUUCCUUUUCUUUUGAGUAUUUAGUGGAAGUUUUGGGGUUCAAGGCAAAGAAUAUCGCAAGCGUAGCAUCUGUUGAUGAUUAUGCACUUCUUCUAUCGAGUGGCGAAAUUGCAGUUGCUUUUAUUUUGAUGCCUUACGCCAAACUUUUUCUGGCGAAAUACUGCACCGGUUUUGCUAUUGCAGGAUCGACCUAUGAGCUUGGCGGUUUUGGCUUCGCGUUUCCAAAGGGUUCCACAUUAGCAUCAGACAUGUCGAAGGCAAUUGUACGAUUACGGGCGAGAGGAAAUUUACGGUUAAUCGAGGAAGAAAUACUUUCCUCUAUGAAUUGCUCAGCUUCUCCAUCUGGUUCAAAUGCAAGGCAAAGUUUAGGACCCGAAGCCUUUUUGGGGUUUUUCAUAAUCUCAGGCUGCACUUCUGCAAUUGCAUUAUUAAUAACCCUGUUUCGCCUAUUGAGACAACAAUGGCAGAGAAAAAUCAACAUUCAGGCAGAAUUAAUGGGCAGAGGACUUUGGCUAUGGCUAGCAACUCUCUUCACUCAAAAUUAAACAAUAAUGUACUUCAAGUGGCAUAUUCAGAGUAGUUUACCCUUACGAGCAAAUUGUAUUGGAUCUUAUUUUUUUCGUAUUAAAAUAGUACUCUAAAUUUCAUUUAAA